GCCCUGGGAGGUAGACAUGUGCAUUCAUUUUCGUCCAAAUGCAUUUGCUAUUGGAUUUUGUAGACAUACAUCAAGGCUGUCGAUGAAUUACUGAGACGUGUUGUGAUUUUUUUAGGUGUAUUUUCAGCAUUUAUUUUUGCUUACUAAUCUCAUCGUAAUAAAAGUAAGGUUUACACAUUUUAGAAUGGGAAAUCAAACAAUUGUGAAGGAAUUCCUCCUCACUGAACUGUCCGAAUUUCCAGAUCUUCAUCUCCCUCUUUUUUUCCUCUUCCUCCUCAUCUACCUUCUGACAUUAAUCUGGAAUUUUCUGAUCAUUGUCCUCAUAGUCACCGACUCUCACCUCCAUGUUCCUAUGUAUUUCUUCCUCGGGAACCUGGCCGGUUUAGACCUCUGUUAUUCCUCAUUAACCGUCCCACGAAUGUUAUUUGAUCUUCACACCAAGACAAGAAAAAUUUCCAUACAGGCUUGUAUAACCCAAGUCUUCUUCUUUUUUUACUUUGGUAGUUUUGAGGUUUUUCUGUUGUCUGUCAUGUCCUAUGACCGAUAUACCGCCAUUUGUCAGCCAUUACAUUACACACAGAUCAUGAGUUGGAAAGUCUGUGUACAGUUGGUGUCCAUUGUGUGGUGUAUCAGCUUUACUAAUUCUGUAAUUCACACACUUUAUGCCUUUAAAUUAACAUUUUGUGGAUCGGAUAUUAUAGAAAGUUUCUUCUGUGACCUUCCACAAUUGCUUCAGAUUUCCUGCAGUGACACCUUCAUCAACGUUCUGCUCAUUUUUGUCCUGGGAGGCCUCCUUUCUGCUGGAUCUCUAAUACCGACCUUCCUGUCCUAUGUCUAUAUAAUCAAAAUGGUUCUCAAUAUAAAAUCUAAGGGCAAUAGCAGUAAAGUUUUCUCUACUUGUACCUCUCACCUGACAGUGAUGUUUUUGUACUAUGGUUCUGUUUUGUUUAAUUAUUUUGGCCCAAGUGCUGGUCAUCAUUUAUCUGGUGACAAAGCGGUGUCCGUCUUUUACACGGUGAUCACUCCUCUCCUCAAUCCUCUCAUCUACAGUCUGAGGAACCAGGAUUUCAAAACAGCAUUUCAAAGUGUUUUCAGGAAGAUCUUUCCACCAAAAUAGAGAA